GGUCGAUUUUCGUCCUUAUUGGUUUCGGUUUUGAGGUACAUGAUGAGGGUCACAGUUAAAUUACCUGAGCUUUUGGCUUUUUUUCUCUCUGAACCAAUUCACGCUGCUUUUGCAUCACAGGGUGUUCAGUUUCUGCAGGGUUCUCCUCCUGCCAAAAUUGGGAUCUGCCGCUUUUUUGACAUAACACAGUUCAUUCCAUUGUUCUCUGUUGACUUUUCUGCUGUUCCAGAUUAUUUUGAGUAUCUGCAUUCUGCAAUGCUUUUAGAUUUUCGCUUUAGGUCAUUUUUUAUUGUAAACAGUCCAAUAAAUGCACAUAGUGAUGAUGAGGAUAAAACUGAUUUCCUAGAAUACAAGGACAAACUGCAGAUUUCGUGUGAUGCCUUUGAAAGAGAACCUUCUGAGAGUGGAACUGCUAUCCGAGGUGUUAUUGAAAUCAAUGACACUUUAUCCUUACCUUCCUCUGCUAAGGGUGCCAGGGUAGCUGGUGGUCGAAAUGGACAGUAUAGAAGUAUGAACUCUAGAGGCAUUCAGAAGAGGAGGAGUUCGCUCAGGAAAAGGAAACCUCAGAGUCCUUUAACAAUGACAUUACGCCGAAGUAAUAGAGCUGUUGCUUCAGAUUUAGUGGGUGGUAGGAAACUUAAUAUUCAGCUGGCUGGUACAACCUCUAGCAAGAGACAUAGAAGUUUAUACCCUGGAAACACUGCUGGAAGCUUGAAAGAAGCAAGUUCUACUGUAGUGGAUUCAACACAAACUGUAGCAGAUUCUUCUCUCUGUUCUGCAAACAUAUUGGUUACAGAGUCAGACCGGUGUCACAGGGAAGAUGGUGCAAUUGUCACUUUAGAGAUGUCUGCUUCAAGAGAAUGGCUUCUAACUGUAAAGAGAGAUGGAUUGGUAAAAUGCACUUUCAAAGCAGAAAAAGUGAUGCGACCUUGCUCCUCGAGCCGGUUCACCCAUGCAGUAAUGUUUUCAUUGGAUAAUGGUUGGAAACUGGAGUUUGCCAAUCGCCAGGACUGGAUUCUAUUUAAAGACCUUUAUAAGCAGUGUUCUGAGCGAAAUAUACCUGGUCAUGUUGCUAGAUUUAUUCCAGUGCCAGGUGUGCAUGAGCACGAGGUCUCUUCCAAUGCUGAAAAGGAUGAUGUUCCCUUUCAGAGACCAGCUACAUAUAUAUCUGUACAUGGUGAUGAGAUAACUAGAGCAAUGGCAAGGAGAACUGCAAAUUAUGACAUGGAUUCUGAAGACGAGGAAUGGCUGAGUAAGCUCAAUAAUGAGUUUCAAGAACAACUUUCAGAGGAUGAUUUUGAAUUAAUCAUUGAUGCUUUUGAGAAGGUUUAUUAUUGUAAUCCAGAUGAUUCCUUUGAUGUAAAAUCUGCUGCUAGUAGUUGUCAUGAUCUCGGCAGCAAAGAAGUUGUAGAAGCUGUAUAUAUCUAUUGGAUGAGAAAACGGAAGCAAAAACGUUCUUUGCUAAUUAGGGUUUUCCAGAAUCAUCAAUCAAAAAGGGCACCACUUAUUCCGAAGCCUUUGCUGCGAAAGAAGAGGUCAUUUAAAAGACAGCCAAGUCAGUUUGGUAGAGGCAAUCAACCAAGUGUUUUGAGAGCAAUUGCAGCUGAGCAAGAUGCCUUGGAAGAGAAUGCAAUGCUUAGGAUUGAAGAAGCUAAAGCCUCAGCAAACGCAUCUAUGGAAAUAGCCAUACAAAAACGCAGAAGGGCUCAAUCCCUUGCUGAAAAUGCAGAUUUGGCAACCUACAAGGCUGCAAUGUUAAUUAAAAUAGCUGGAGCAGCUAUGGCUGCAGAAUCAGUAGAAGCUGGGGCCAAAUACUUUCUUGAUUGAUGGUUAGAUCAAAUUGCGGAUGCUAAUUAUAACACCAAAUAUUUUAUUACAGGAAUGCUCACAGUAAAUUUGCUGCUGUGUUUUCCCCCUUCUUACUGUAAACAUUGUACAGAUUUUUGUUUGUAUGUACAACUUUGAUGGAAAUCAAGACCUGACAAUAAUCUUCUGUGCGAGUAGAUUGGUUGAUUUCCUUACCUUGGUAGAAAAAAUUCUUAGAAAAAGAAAUACAGGAUUUUAAGGACUCA